UAAGGGAGGGAGUGUCUUGCGCCUGGAAGCUCUUCCGAGUCCCCGGAUUCUUUUUUUAUGGGGCAUUCAUCUGGGGUCUGCGGCGCUGCAUCGAACGAGAAUCACCACCGAAAACACGUCGCUGUUUCGCACGUUGUACGAAUAGCUAUCAACGAUCAAACACCACGACCGCGAAUUCGACCCUGUUCGCCAUGGAGUCAAACAAAGAGAAGGACAUGAGGCAGCCGGACUUGAUUAUUCCGUAUCAAGAGCCGGCUGCAAAGGGCGACAACGUCGAGUUUCAAUCGACUAUCUCCUCGACUCUCCCCAUGGCCGCAAUCUUCAUGCGCAACAAAUACGUCGGGUGGGCGUCCGUUGUCUUUAGCAUCCAGAGCUGGCUAGGCGAGAGCGAAGAGACCAAGAAGAGCAGCAGCACGCCGGGCUACUUCAAUGUUGGCAUGUCAGUGGUGUCUCUUCUUGUUACCUACCUCCCUCUUUUCCUCCCGCCUCCCGCCGCGAGAGCGGGAAGCCCGACAGGCGCCCCGGCGCCCCUGCCCGCCUAAUUCGGAACGACGACGUAAUGGUAAUACGAGAAGCUAAGGGAAAGAACGGCCAUUGGUGUAAGCUAAGGCUGUGUUUUUUUGAGACGAAUAGGGUGCUGGGCUUGCCUCCAGAGCAGCUAAGAUACGGCUGGUCGGUGGCGGUGCGAAUUGUACAAAUAUACCCAAUAUACGCUUAAUAUGAAGCCUUCAACGUCUGGCUUCUCCGUUUCUGCGCGUCAUUACGAAAGGUUCACG